GCGCGCGCAAACAAAUAAGUAUACGGAGUAACGCAUGCACGCACGUAUAAUACACAUACGCGCGCACCUGCGUACGUAGUCACCCACGCACGCGUCCACCGCGCCGACCGAUCAAGGCGCACUGCACGCGCCGGUCGCGCAUUGACGAGAGAGAGGAGCCGCGCCACGACCUAGCCGACGGCCACUCGUAUAUCUCAUCGGCGUCGCUCGUCAGGGGCAGACCCGAAGACGCAAGCCCAACCGGAGCAGCUGGAAGUAAUUCUAUUUGACGAGAUAAGAGGCUGAUAACCCACGGCCAACUUAAAGGCUCGCGCCAAUACCAGACCAAGUCUCGACGACAACGACGACGACGACGACGACGACGACGACGACAUCGGCGACGACAUCGGCGGAGAGUCUCAACGACGACACCCAGCAGCUGAUCGUUUAGAGACACACAGGCCGCGGAUCCGUCGGACACUUGCCCGCGAGAGACGCGAGAGAGUGUGAAAAGCCGCACAGUUGGUCCUCGUCAAUUCUUCCCCCUUCCCCCCUACUGACGACAGUACCUACGCGACGACAGGAUGCCCGGCUUCCAAAGGAGACAGAUGAUGCAGCCAUGGCCCUUAUGUCUGCCGCCCUUCGCGAAAACGAAGGAGCGCAGCGUUUUACCCAAAUAUCCGAGGGUUUCCCCGGUCAUCAGACCUUCGCCGUCCAGUUCUGGGUCCACCCUAGACUGUUCAUCGAACAUCACCCUCGUGACCAACACCAGUCCCUUCAACAGCCAGACCGCCCUUAUCACCGAGAAAAGAUAUUUCUCUGGCGACGCUGGCAAGGGAUCCAAUCACUACUAUGCCGAGAACUUGAGGAACAAUCAUCAAAAGGCUUUAAACAAGUCGCGAAUCUAUGAUCCACUCAAUAAAAAUCAAGACGUCGAUUACAAGCAACUAGAUCCACUACUACCGAGCGAACAAAGUUCAAGCAUCAACAUUCUCAUGGAUCCCCCGGACGUGAAAGUACCGAAAGAUUCGCAAGAACCAUUGCCAUCCUUGGAGUUUAAAAGGGAACCCGAACAAUCAUGGUUACGAUUUGCCGCCCAGAUAUUAGCUGCAUUAUCGGUGUCGUUGGGUUCCAUGCAAGUCGGCUAUUCGUCUUCCUAUACAUCGCCAGCGCUGGUGUCGAUGCGUGAUAACACUACAGCGAGCUUUGAAGUCACCAAACAGAUGAGCAUGUGGAUUGGGUCACUUAUGCCAUUGAGUGCACUUGUCGGUGGCAUCGCUGGAGGACCGCUCAUCGAAUAUAUAGGAAGGAAAAAGACAAUACUUGCUACAGCGUUUCCAUUUAUCGGAGCAUGGCUCUUAAUCGCGAUGGCUCAAAAUAUUCCGAUGAUAUUGACUGGGCGUGCGAUAUGUGGUUUUGCCGUGGGCGUUGCUUCCUUAGCGUUACCUGUGUACUUAGGCGAAACGAUACAGGCAGAAGUGCGUGGUACUCUUGGUUUAAUGCCCACCGUUUUUGGUAACUCCGGAAUAUUACUAUGCUUCGUAGCGGGUAUGUAUUUGGAUUGGAGAAAUCUGGCGCUGUUAGGGGCGAGUUUACCACUACCAUUCUUGAUUUUGAUGUUUAUAAUUCCGGAAACGCCAAGAUGGUACAUUUCCAAGGGGAAAACAAAGAGAUCCCGAAAAUCUCUUCAAUGGUUGCGCGGUAAAGACACAGACAUAACCGACGAAUUGACUAUGAUCGAGAAAUUACAUCAGGAAUACCUCGACAGCGAGCGAAAUACUUCCCAAAAUUUAAUCUCGGAAUUGAUGAAAAGUAAACACUUCAAACCUCUUCUCAUUUCUUUGGGUCUAAUGUUGUUCCAACAAAUGUCUGGCAUCAAUGCGGUGAUAUUCUAUACGGUGCAGAUCUUCCAAGACGCUGGUAGCACAAUCGAUGAGAACCUUUCGACCAUAAUAAUUGGGAUAGUAAAUUUCAUAUCCACCUUUGUCGCCGCGUCUGUAAUCGAUAAGCUGGGCAGGAAGAUGCUGCUGUACAUAAGCGCUGUGUUGAUGGCCCUGACCCUCUUCUCCCUUGGCGGAUUUUUCUACGUGAGGUCAAUGAAUGUGGACGUGACGGCCUUCGGCUGGUUGCCAUUGGUCAGUUUGAUCGUGUACGUGAUAGGCUUCUCAUUGGGCUUCGGGCCUAUUCCUUGGCUGAUGAUGGGUGAGAUUCUGCCCGCCAAGAUCCGCGGCUCCGCCGCGAGCAUCGCGACCGCCUUCAACUGGAUGUGCACCUUCAUCGUAACAAAGACCUUCGAGGAUGUCAUAGGAGUGAUCGGUGCGCACGGCAUCUUCUGGAUGUUCGGCAUAAUCGUCGUGAUAGGCUUCGUCUUCGUGAUCGUCAGUGUGCCGGAGACCCGCGGCAGGUCGCUCGAGGAGAUCGAGAAGAGGUUCACAGGUCCAACUAGAAGGAUGAGCGCAGUCGCCAAUAUGAAACCGACGCCGAUGUCGUGUUAGCUGCUGAAUUUCCGAUCGCGACUCGCGAUAAAGAAACUCGUUUGAGUAAAAAAUAGGAUUCCUUACGGUGUCCUUCUAAGGGAAAGAUUCCCUUACAGAUAUGCUUUCCCUUAAAGGGAAGUUCGAAGGAAAGUUCAGGUUCGAAGGUUAUACUUCUCUCUUCUCUCUAUGUAAAGAGAAGCGUCUGUUCUUCCUUCUUGGCUUUUCCUACUUUACUCUUAUUUCCAAGAUCUUCGGUUCCCUUUCGCGAGAUAUAUUCGUUAUAACAAAGUUAGAGCGAGAGCGAUUCGGAAAUAACCGAUAAAAGAUAGAAAUCGGUCGUAGAUCUGAAUAGUAUGUAGAAAUAUGCGGACGAAAGUGCUUCUCAUAAGAUUCAUAUCUCUUUAAACAAGUUGAAGAGGCACACAAUUGGAUGAAAAAUUUUAUCAAUUGAAAAAUUUAAGUGCAAUAGCGAUUUCGUAAAAGAUCUAUAUUUUUGAAAAGUUGAUUAAGAUAAUUCCUCGACUGUACUUUUAAACAGAAUCUUACGAUAUAAGAUAUAAAAACACAUUGUCUUCGUUCAUUCGCUUCUUCAAUUAGCCUCGUAAAACAUGACUUCGGCAGAUUUCGCUUUAACCGUAUUCCUAUCCAAUACGAGGAUCAGAGAGAGAUCGCUAACAAGUUAGUGCCAAUCUUGUCGAGAACCCAAAUUGCGAGGCCAAUUAAGUAGCUUCGUGGAAUAUAAAUGUGUUACGCUUUCCCAUCGGGGAAAUGGCAAAAUAUGUGACUAUCAGCUGUUGACUAGGUGUGUAGUUGCAAUUAUUUUUAUUAUUCCCGACAGUCCUACAGGGCCUACCUCAAGUUGAUACUGCUCUAUUAGAAUAUAGCAGAUAAUACUGUCGUUAGAGAUGUACGCGUAGGUCAACGCUAGUCGCGCGCGAGCGCGCGUUUCUUUUUUUAUAGCGUAAUUGCGUGGGGCUGUGGUAUCGCAUAGGUUCUGUGUGAUACGAUUUAUCGUCACGUGCACCUUGAAUUUGAAUUAAAAGCACGCGUAACAUGUGUGAACUUUUAUAUGUAUGUAUACAUAUACUAUAUAUAUAUAUAUAUUAUAUAUAUAUAUAUAUAUAUAUAUAUAUAUAUACAUACACACAUUAUAUGCCGACCAAGAAACCGGUCUUUCGAACAGAGGCGAAUUUCCCAUGCGACAAUAACGUUUAAAAUCAAUCGCGUUCUCAUCACAGUAAUUACGAAUUGUAAAUAGUCGAAGAGAUUUACGCCAUAGUGAUAUUAUUUACGUCCAAGAAAAAUUGUCGUUGUUAAUUUCAAUCGUAAUUGGACAAUUAUUUUUCUAUUGCCUCUUUCUUAUUUUUGGACGAAAUUUAGAAAGAGAUAGAGAGAAUGAAAAUAUUAAGCUUUGACUGUAGUUAAUCAGCAUUGAAGAAAUUGAUCGUAAGUGGAACGAUAUGAUUCUAGCAGCCCGUAUUAGCCUCGUAAUCUUCGUAUUAAACUAAUGAUGCUUGGAUGAUAUCGGAUGGCUGUAUCAAUGUGGGAUGUGAUUUUAAAUGUAUAUGAUAAUUUAAGUGUUAUAAUACAUAGCAAAUAUAUAUUUUUAAAGCGAAGGUUUACGAAAAGUGCAAACGUAGUUGUAAAGUGGAGAUGAAGUUCUUAGAAAGUUAUGUAAGAAUAAUGUAACGCUGAAGGAAAAAAUCUCAGACAAAUGUAAUAUAGUCGCCUAUGUUCGAAAGUUAGGAUAAAGCUGCGUCGACUACCUGACGAGUGUUCUCGGUCAAGUAAUUUAAUAGAGAUUCGCUGGCAAAUUGUUGUGAGAGAUGUUAUAUUAUAUAGAGGAAUACAUUAUUUAUAUAUUUUACAUAAAUUAUUGAUACAUAUUUAUAUAUAUUUGUUAUCAACAAUUUAUCGCCUGAGAUUGUAAAAAAGAGAAUUAUGUACACAUUAAAAAAAAUCUAUUUUA